UAAGGGCAUAACUUUUGCUAACGUGGGUGUGUUAUUUUCAGGCUCAGGUGUUUUGGUUAAUAUGUCUCUUUCAGCUGAACAUCACCUGUUUCUCAGGUGAUACUUUCUUGUCAUGUGAGUGCACUGUUUUACAAUAUUUGACUUUUGUAUUGCUCUUUUCGACAUAACCUUUUGUCAUGGCAAAGGAGUGGAAACAAAGUAGCUCCUAUUUUAAAUAUUGCGGAAAUAAAUAGCCAGCUGUCAAGUUCACACUCAGUGUUUUGAUACUUUUGGAUUAUUAGCGUCAUCUAUAAAUCUGGAAAUAAAAGGUCAUGGUUCAGGCAAUGGAAAUACACCAUGAUGUCAUUGGUCAGCUUGUUUUUGAACACUGGUUCUCGGUUUAUUUACCUAUUGAAAUAAAAACAAAUUAAACAAAUUUCUUGUAAGGUUUUCUUAUAAAGGUAAGCAUAAAGUUGACCAGAGAGUAAAAAAAAGGCAAUAAAAAAUACGAGGUGAACGUGAUGAGAAUAAGAAAAGACGUCACUUUGUUCAGCAUUAGUUUAGAUCUGGAGGAACAGGUUUGAGUAGAAUAACCAGAAACGCUUUUCUCUGUUGUUUGUCACUUUCUGUUGUUGCUGUGAGGAGUCUACAACAUGAGCAGGCCACAGAAUAUCGAGCUCAGCGCCAAAGGAGGAGCCGCCAAACAGGACACCAGCAACAUGGCAGACAUGAGUGUGGAACAAAUGGCUAUUAGGGCCAACCAGGUGACAGACGAGUCACUGGAAAGCACACGGAGGAUGCUCCAGAUGGCCGAGGAGAGCAAACAGACUGGCGCCAACACCAUGGUGAUGCUGGAUCAGCAGGGAGAACAGCUGAGGCGUAUAGACGAAGGCAUGGACCAGAUCAACGAGGACAUGAAAAAGGCCGACAAAAACCUGGCUGACCUGUCCAGAUGCUGCGGCCUGUGUGUCUGCCCCUGUGACAGACAUUCAUCCAUCGAGAAUGAAUCUCGUUACAAGCGCACGUGGGGAACUGGAUCGGAGGGGGGUGGCGACGGCAACAACUCAAAUGUGGUCUCGAGGCAGCCCUCGGCUGUUCGCAAUGGCCAGACUGUCCAGGUGCAAGCCUCGGCCCCGUCUGGUCCGUACAUCAACAGGAUAACCAACGACGCUCGAGAGGAUGAGAUGGAGGAAAACCUGAACACGGUCGGCAGCAUCGUCAGCAACCUGAAGGACUUGGCAACAAAUAUGGGCAACGAAAUCGACAAGCAGAACGUGCACAUCGACAACAUCACUGAGAAGGCCGAGUUGAACAAAAUACGCAUUGACGUAGCGAACGACAGAGCCAACAAGCUCAUCAAAUAAACACAGAAUCCUGCUCCUGCCUGUUUCCUCAUCACGUCCUGUUGCUACGUACAUGCACAUUGUACACUUCUGCACAUGCACACACACCUUUUCACUGUUUAAUGAGCUGGGUCCUGGAGACGGCGGCGGCUGCAUUGUGUCGGUGACAACCAAAGAGGGAGCGACUGAGCGCCCAGCACAGAGUACACACCAGGCCUGUGACUACAUAUCACAUGAUAUUCACAAAGUCAGCUGUUUUCUUAUUCCUGUCUGUCUGUCUGUCUGUGUGUGUGUGUGUGUGUGUGUGUGUGUGUGUGUGUGUGUGUGUGUGUGUGUGUGUGUGUGUGUGUGUGUGUGUGUGUGUGUGUGUGUGUGUGUGUGUGUGUGUGUGCGUGCGUGUGUGUGUGUGCGUGCGUGCGUGCGUGCGUGCGUGUGUGCGUGUGCGUGUGCGUGUGCGUGUGUGUGUGUGUGUGUGUGUGGCUACUGAGAUGCUCUCAUCACAGCUAGUUUCUAAAGAAAUCCAAACACACAAACCCGAUUAGUUAUCCCGCUCACUUCCUCCUUUUGUUCCAUCGUUAAAUGUAUGGUUGUUGUUUUGAGUUCAUAUUUAAUUAUUCAUGAAUUAAGCUGUUUUUUAUAACUAUUCACUCGUCGUUUCUGCUACUUUAGAUGUAAUCAAUAUUUCAAAAAGUCAUCCUAAAUGCCGUGCUUUUGGAGUGAGUUGUGGCAGAUCUUUUUUAUGCUGGAAUUCUAAUCUGAUAGAAACAAGAUGUGUUUUUUGUUGUUGUUUGUUUUUUUUAAGCUUCAGACUGAUGGGAAGUCGAGGUUUGACCUGCUGAUGCACGAAGCCUUACAAUCUCUUGUUUCUUUUGCUUCAAAUGUGACAGAAGGUUCUGGUUUACUUUCUAUCAACACGAUAAACACAGCAGGGCUUUAACCAUUGUCAUACUCAAUGUAAAGUCUCAUCAGGUUGUUUUCUCUCUGCAGUGUUGAUGUAAAUAUGAAAUAUUCUCUAAGUGUGUAUUAAACAUCGGCAGUCGCUCUUGUUAAUCCACUUUCAUCUCUUUGUUACAUCUGAGUUAAUCGAGAUUAAUAGCUCCCUAGUGGAGAUUUAACGGCUCCUAUAUAAAUCGGGUUACAAGUGGAAAAUUAAUAUUUGUUAAACUUAUGAAAACAAAUGUUUUCUUGUAUCAUUUGUCAUAUUUGCAUCUCACCUAGACAUCGUCUUUUUGCCAAAUGCUGCAGCUUUCUGAGGAUUUAGGAGCUAUUUCAUUAAAAUGUCCUUUGUUUCUGCUUUGCAACUUACAAGGUUGUGUUGUAACAGCCGUUCGAUCACAGAAAUGCCUUAAUCUGUUUUUACUACAGUGAAAUAAUCACUAAGUGGUAAAACAGCGUAAUUUAAAUUAGUCAGGGUUGUCGUCGGGCUGAGGGAUUACUGCUGGCAGCAAGAUGUACAAAUAAAGUCGGUGUGGAAGUGAAAUUUGUUUUCAGGAUAAACGCGGGAGCUGAGGAGGUUCUGUUAAAGGUCUCACUGGGUAGAACCGGAUGAUGAGUAAUAUUCCUCUUGGCUUAUUUGUUUUGAAACCAGGGAGUUGUUUGUCUGCGCGGCUGCAGGCGCACACCUAUUGAGUUUGUAACAAUUGAAAUGAACUGCUAUCCAGGGCUUUGUCGUGCUACAAGUGAUCAUCUUCAGCCUGUUAAGAGCGAGCUGAGAUCUAAUUAGCCUGAAGCCGCCUCGCUGUCAUCUGUGAUUCUUUUUCUACCAGACAGCUGGAUGUUAACAACCUUUUUACCGGAGAACCGUCUUUUUCUCAUGCAUGCCUCUGUCGACUCGUCUGUAACCAAUAAAUGUAUCCUGAAUUAAAA